AUGAGCUCCUACCUCGAGUCCGACUCGUGCGGCGGCGGGGGCGGCAGCGACGUGCUCAGCUUCGCGCCCAAGUUCUGCCGCGCUGACGCCCGGCCCGUGGCCCUGCAGCCCGCCUUUCCCCUGGGCGGCGGCGAGGGCGCCUUCGUUAGCUGCCUGCCCCUGACCGCGGCCGGGGCCCGACCCGCACCGUCGGCACCCGCCGCGCCCGCGCAACCGCCUGCACCGCCCCCGACCGCGCCCCCGUACGCGCCGUGCACCCUGGAGGGCGCCUACGAGGCGGGCGCCACACCUGCGGCUGCGGCGGCGGGGGGCGCGGACUACGGCUUCCUGGGGUCGGGGUCGGUGUAUGACUUCCCGUGCGCGCUCGGGCGGCCGGCGGACGACGGCGGGCCGCACGUCCACUACGCUACCUCGGCUGUCUUCUCGGGCGGCGGCUCCUUCCUGCUCCGCGGCCAAGUGGAUUAUGCGGCUUUCGGCGAGCCUGGCCCCUUCCCGGCGUGUCUCAGAGAGCCAGCCGACGGCCACGCCGGGGCCUUCCAGACGGCGUCCCCGGCCCCCGGCGCCUAUCCCAAGUCCGCCUCUCCGGCCUCUGGCCUCGCCGCAGCCUUCAGCACGUUCGAGUGGAUGAAAGUGAAGAGGAACGCCCCUAAGAAAAGCAAACUCCCCGAAUUCGGAGCCGCCAGCCCCUCCAGCGCCAUCCGCACGAAUUUCAGCACCAAACAACUGACAGAACUGGAGAAAGAGUUUCAUUUCAAUAAGUACUUAACUCGAGCCCGACGCAUCGAGAUAGCCAAUUCCUUGCAGCUGAAUGACACCCAAGUCAAAAUCUGGUUUCAGAACCGCAGAAUGAAACAGAAGAAAAGGGAACGAGAAGGGCUUCUGGCCACAGCCACCCCUGUGGCCUCCCUCCAGCUUCCUCUCUCAGGAACGAGCCCCACCAAGGCAGGCAGGAACCCAGAAAGCCCUUCUCAAGCCCAAGAGCCUUCAUGAGGUCCAGUCUUGAGGCUGAUGGACCUCAGCCUGCGAAAGCUGAGCCCAUCCCCACCGGUCUCUAAACUUACAGCUCAGUUUGUUUUGGUAGUGGGCUGGGCAGAAAUUAAUAGGGGUUUCACAUGGGGAAAGAAGUAUUUUAUUUUGGCUUCUGAGUUCUAGCCUAUGUGUGUACACAUAAUUAACUUGAUGUCUUUUAAGCCACUCGUUUGCGAGUUGUGUCUUAUCAGGGAGAAGGUGCCGAGCAGCCAGUCCAGCCCUGCUGCUGAUUUGCCUAACUUAGUCAUAUGCAUUUCUGUGGGUGAAGAGUGGUACAGCAUUAGCGGCUGAACUCUGUCAACCUCCUGAUAUGCUCAGAAGAGCACCUGUCCAAAGUUUUUCUGUUUUUUAUUUAAAGGAUAAGGCUACUUGUAUUCAGCUUCUUGAGAUAACCAAAACUAGUUAGGAACUCCUUGAUAUAGCUAAGCUGCUUCGAUGAUGAUC